ACUCCAAAUUUGAUGUAUCGACGUUUGAUUAAACCUCCAUGAGCCAUUAAUAAUGCAGCCUGGCAGAGAUUUACGAGCAAACAUGGAAGUAUUAACCUAUAUAAAAAGGUGAACCUUACACUUGAAAGCUUUAGAAGGAAUUUUGAAGUCAAAGUAGAAACGUGCAACAUGUUUAUCAAGUUGAUUCUGAUCGCCACGUUCGUUAACUUCGUUUGUGUGCGGAGUAUCGAAAAUGAAGUUCAACAUUUAUCGUUGUUCGUUGAGUCUCAUCCCGGCACCAUUAUGGAUACUGAAUCGACUAAAACCGGAGAUGAACACGUUCUUGAAUUGCCUACAACAUACACAUCCUCGUUAACUGUGCCAAUGGUUGCGAAUCACGAGUCGAUACACUCGGAAUCAGCGCAUCUCAAGAAAAGAGCAACAAAUUUCAAGGAAGACCAUCGAACCGAUUUACGACCUGGAUGUUGUGGAUAAGCGAAGUGAACCACCUUUCACCGACCACCGAUCCUGUCCCGUAAAUAUCUGCGUUUAAAAAAUAUUUACGUGCAAAUGUUAGAUAGUACUUAAAUGCAUACUACGAAUACCGUUUUAUCUCUUCAGUUCCUUUCACGAUGUGAUAGCAGAUAAAAUAAAAAAAUGGCUAUCAAGCCGCAGAAA